AUGGCAGACAGCAUCAACCUCGUCGCCAUCCAUGACUCCCUCAUCGCCAUCGCCCGCCAGGCAGGCGAGAUCAUGCGCAAUGCCACCGGCAAGGAACUUGAGACAGACGAGAAAAUGAACGCCGUCGACGUAGUCACGGAAACAGACAAGCGCAUCGAGGACCUCGUCAACUCGAUCCUCACAAAGGAAUACCCCACCUUCUCCUUCGUCGGCGAGGAGUCCUACGUCAAGGGGGUAACCAAGGUCACCGACGCGCCCACCUUCAUCUGCGACCCGAUCGACGGGACCCAAAACUUCAUCCACGGUUUCCCGCUUGCUUGCAUCUCGCUGGGGUUCACCCUGGGCAGGAAGCCCCAGGUGGGCGUGGUGUACAACCCCUUCUCUGAUGUCUUGUUCUCUGCCAUCAAGGGACAGGGUGCGUUCAUGGUGGACAACUUUUCUUUGGCACCUGGUCAGGGGCAGGGGAAGCCGCAGCAAUUGCCGUUGAGGCCUGGGAGGAAGCUGGGGAGUUUGGAGACGGCGUUGGUGGGGAUCGAGUUCGGGAGUCAGAGGGACGGGCAUAACUUUGACUUGAAGCUGGAGGUGUACAAGGAGCUGACGGCUUCCAAGGCGACGGGCGGUGCGAUGGCUGGUGCGGUGAGGAGUAUGGGGAGCGCGGCGCUGAAUAUUUGCUAUACGGCGGCGGGGGUGAUGGACGUUUACUGGGAAGGGGGGUGUUAUGCUUGGGAUGUGGCGGCUGGGUGGUGUAUUCUUGAGGAAGCGGGCGGUAGGAUGGCGGGCGGGAACCCGGGAGUGUGGGAUCCGGCGGUGGAUGACAGGAAGUAUAUUGCUGUUAGGCAAGGUGGGGAGGAGGAGCAGAAGAAAAUUGUGGAGGAGUUUUGGGCGCUGAUGAAGGGCAAGGAGAUGGAGUACGAGCAUUAG